AACCAAAGCAGCACCAGAGCCUGAACAGCACCCAGCGAGAUCAUGUCUGCCCCAGCUGCCGGCCCCCCUGCUGCCGCCCCAGGUGAUGGAGCUCCCCAAGGCCCCCCAAAUCUCACCAGCAACAGGAGGCUCCAGCAGACGCAAGCGCAGGUGGAUGAGGUAGUGGAUAUUAUGCGUGUGAAUGUAGACAAGGUUCUGGAGAGAGAUACGAAGCUAUCCGAGUUGGAUGACCGUGCAGAUGCCCUGCAAGCUGGAGCCUCGCAGUUUGAGACUAGUGCGGCCAAACUUAAACGCAAGUACUGGUGGAAGAAUAUGAAGAUGAUGAUAAUUAUGGGUGUGAUAUGUGCUAUCAUCCUCAUCAUAAUAAUUGUUUACUUCAGCACCUAAGGACAGCGUACUCUUCCCGUCUCUCUGUCUCUAUCUCUUACCCCCCCUCUCGCCGGAUCUCUCAUCUACACUGGGACCAGACAAACUUCAACAUAUCUUCCUUCCUGCCUAUCCCCUCUCCCUAUGAAACGGGAAUGGGGGGACCUUGUAUUGUGCAGAUACUCUCCCCUCUCCCCCUGCUUCCCUCUGUAAAUACCACUGACCGGAUACCCCUAACUUAUACACACACUUAUCUAUAUAUUUAAUUUGUCUGUGCGCAGGUUUUUAUGUUCCUUGUUUACCCGUAAAGCUGUGUGUAUGUGAUGUUCUAACCCGCUGGGGGGGAGGGGUAAUUAACCCAGAAAUGGUCUCCGUCCGCCCCCUAAUGAAAUGCAACCAUAAUCUCCAUGCAAGUGGAUGGGGUAAAGGAGGAGGGUUGUAUGUGUGUAAUAUAUAUAUAGAAAUAUAAAUUUGCCCUCCACCCUUUUUCCCCCUUCUCUUUACUCUCCUCUCUCAUUUAAACCCCAGAUGUAGAUAUAUAUAUGGAGUGUCACAGCAGGGAGUGGCUUAAAGUACAAAGUUACUAUAUCCCCCUUUGCUCAGUUUUCCUAUUAUAGAUUGUAGGCCGGUAUUUGGGCCCCUUCCCUGCCACUAAUCUGGAGGGACAUAGUAUAAGGGCUGGGGUAUUCCCAAUGUACUGCCUCGUAUCUUCAGUUAGGCCCCCCUGUGUAUACGGUGAGUCAGCCUUGCAGGAGGAACAAUCACCGGAGAGAGAGGAAGGUUAGAAGAGGAGGUGGAUAGGAUCUUACCAUUGUGAGUAUGGGAGGUUUUGCCUGUGUAGGGUUAUUAGAGAGAAUAGUAGAGAUAGCAGGGAUUUCACUGUGAGGUGUUACCACUUGCUGUUAUUAAUAAGAACUAUAUGGGGGCACCCUGUUAACCCACUCUUUACUGCACUGGGCAUUAUGUCAGGAGAUGUAGGGAGGCCAUCCCUACCCCCCGUUUGUGCCCUGCCAAGUCUUCCCCACUCAUUAAUUGCCCCUCUAACUGGGCCUGUAUGGGAUCAGCCAUUAUGUAACUGGCACCAAGAGGGGCAAUAAGACACACAGCUGAGAGAUAUCUACAUCUGUCUAAUUGACCCCGGUGUGUCUAAUUGCCCCUGACUGACUGAAAUCUCUUUAAUAGGAGGGAGGGGGAGUGUGUGGCCAAGGGCAGUAGUGUAAAUCCUCCCCUCUCUCUCUCCUUGUUAACCCUCUGAAUUAUCCCUCCUCCUGCCCCACAAAAUAAAUAUUACAAAUAAAUGUUGUUUAACCAAAA